AUGUCGUCCGAGAAGGUAGCCACGAUGCCCCAGGCCAACCCGGUCAUGGCCCCGCCUCCGCCCCCGCCCCUGCCGCCGACCAGCACCACCAAGAAGAAGGCAUCGCCGCCGGCCUCGUCGUCAUCGUCGCCUUCGUCGUCGUCAUCCACAUCGCCCUCGGUGAGCCCCUCGACCAGCAGCGGCGCCGUGCCCACCAAGGCCGCGGCCACGCCAGCGGCGGCCAACCCGCAGCUGCCGCCGCUCGUGCCAGUCUAUACCAAGCCGGCCAUCCUCGGACUGCCGCCUACCGCCGUCCUGACCAAGCAGGAGAUGGACUUCCGCGCCAAUCUGCUCAACCCCAACAACGACCUCUUCUGGACCGCGCGCGGCCUCAUUCGCCCGCCGGUGCUGGCCGACGCGCUGGCCCAGGGCCACGCCAUUCUCAAGUACGAGGGCCACCUCACCCAGAAGCAGGGCGGCCGCCGGCUCAGCGCCCAGUACGGCCGGAGCGGUGCGACGUCGGCCGCUGCUGCGGGGAUGCCGCUGAGCUUCGGCGCGGCGGUGGUCACCCCGACCAGCGUGGCUGCCGCGGUGCAGGGCAGCUGGCGCUCGCCGGCGCCCCUGCUGCCGACCAACCCGGGCUUCGUGACCAAGGAGGACAUGGACAUCCGCGCCAACCAGCUCAACCCCAACAACCUCAUCUCCACCUGCAAUCUCGAUCUGCAGGACGUGUUCUGGUCGUCCCGCGGUCUGCUUCGCCCGGCGGUUCUGGCCGACGCGCUGGCCCAGGGCCACGCCAUCCUGCAGCACGAGGGGCACCUGACCCAGACCCAGACCCACAAGACUCGCGGCCGGCUCAACUCCCAGCCCUCGCUCUAUUCCAACAGCGACCUCGGCGGCCGGCCCGCCGACACCCGCCGCUCCAUCUCCGGCCAGGGCCUGCCCGGCAGCGGCGGCAUCGGCAGCGGCGCCGGGCGGAUCAGUGGAAGCCGCGCGGGCGACGAGCAGCCGAUGGCGAUGCGCAGGCGUGCGUCGACGACGGGCUCGAUCAUGAACCGGCCGCCGGCGCUGGACGGCUCGGUGACGAAAGACGAGGUGGACCUGCGGGCCAACCUGAUGAACCCCAACAACAGCGUCUUCUGGACGUCGCGCGGGCUCACCCGGCCGGCUGACCUGCAGGAAGCGCUGGCCAAGGGCCACGCCGUGCUCGAGGCCGAGGGCCACGUCACCCACAACACGGGCGGCGGGCGCAGCAAGUCGUGGAACCGCCGCGGCAGCCGCACCGAGCUCCACGGCCCGCCCUCGGUCUCGCCGCUGGUCGCCGCCGCCCAGCGUCAGUGGUCCACGCCCUUCCUGGCGCCCAACGCCGGCAUCACCGCCAUGCCGCCCACCUCGCUCAGCGCCAGGCCCGGCGGCCUCCCGGGCGCCGCCUGGGUGGCCGGCCCGCCAUCUGCCCCUGGCGCUGCGUCUACGCGUCACCCCGACUGGCAGCCCAACGCUCCGCAGCGACGCCGCUACUCCCUGCCGCCGCCCGGCUUCGAGCUCUUCACGCCGCCUUCGCACUUUGCCCUCUUCAGACCGCCCAUGGCUGCGCAGCAGAAGCCCCUUCAGCCGAAGCAGGCAAUGCCGUUCACUGGGAAGGAGGGCGCGGCCGACAGCGAGUGGGACAAGAUGGACGCCGAGGCGCUCAACAGGCCGCUCGCGCCCCACAGCGCGGCGAUCCCCAUCGUCAAGCCCACCGCGGCCGACAUUGCCGCGGCCAAGAAGAACGAGAGCGCGUGGGUCAAGAAGGCGCCGAGCGCCGACAGCAAGAAGAGCACCGGCGUCUUCCUCCGCAAUGACAAGUCUUCGACCAAGGAGGAGAAGGACAAGGCCGGCGGCGAAGACAAGAAGAAGAUCGAGGCCGAGACCAAGGCGAUGAAGCAGGAGGACAAGAAGGAGUCGACGGCAUCGUCGGACGACUCGACCAAGAGCGACGUCGAGACCAGGGAUGCCGUCGUCCCGAGCGAGCCCACCACACCGGCCACCGCCGCCGCGACCACGUCGACUUCGACCAGCGAUAAGGUGGGCAGCCUCGCGUGGCAGCUCACGCAGGUCAAGCUGAGGACUCGCCGCCCCAGCGAGGCGAGAGAGAGCGACAUCUCCACCAAGAGCGCCACCGCCUAA